GUAAACAGGGAGUGAAUUCGGCGCCUCCAUUGGCUGAGGUGGGUCACGUGUGGAAAACUUCUCGCCCUCCGGGCGCCAUCUUGGAGCAGCUAGUCAGAUUGUACCUGAUCUUCUCCGGAGAAGGGUCGCGGUGAAGGUUGUAUAUACAUAAGUGCUUUUCCUGGACGGUUCUUUCAGGAUUACCACUUAUGUAUAUACUUCUCUUCACUGACCAUAUAUAACCAGUUUUCUUCAUGAGUCGAAGAAAAAGCCAGAACCUCAGCGUGGUUCUAUAUUGGAGAACGAUCCUCACCCUGGAAAUGCUGGAAAAGAAGGAAAAUGAAGCCAACAGAAAAAACUCCAUAAAUGGAUAUCACAAGCAUCCAAAAAAUGGCAAAAUCAAUGGUAAAGUGAGACCGGAGCCAUCUUCUCCAGACAGCAGAUGUGAACAGGAUCCUAUGACGUUUUGCAGUGAAGGGGAAGCUCUUUUUCAAGCCCUGGAAAAAGACCCCAAGAACCUUGAAGCCAUCUCAAUAUUUGUACAGAAAUAUAAAAACAUGUUGAUACCCUGGAAGAACAGCGACUGUUGCCUGCGGUUGUGUGACCUCAGCGGCACCGACUACAUGGGUCAGGAUUACAUGCAAGAAGCCUGGGAAGAGUUACAUCUCCCCAAAACAACAAGGAUGCAGGUGUUUGGCACGCUAGAAUACACUCAGGACGUACUUCUUAGUGUGCCGUGUGUUAUACUUGUGGGAGAGGAUGGGUGUAUCUACGCCUACAGGGAUGAAGAGCUGCACCUCAUAGCAAACAGCUUAAAGGAAUUUGUACAAAAUGGCAACAGGAAAGUUUAUAAGUCUUAUUGUUAUCCUGAAUCCAAAGAAAAGGAAAUUGAAUCUCCACAAGAUGAGGAAAUACUGAAAAUCAGACAAGAAACAAAAGAUUUUGUAAACAAAAGUACAGAACAAUUUGGUGAUUUCUUGGAUUUCCUUUCCUUGUGAUUUGCAAUCAAAGCCGUGUCACUUAAAGGAGAAGUGCGGUGCACAAUAGUAUCUUUCAUAUUCUUUAAAGGAAAACUGUCACAUGUUCACCCCCGCACUAACCACAGGUACUGACAGUGCGGGGGACGCCGAUUCAUAUGAUACCUACCUUGCCCGGAUCCGUUCGUCUGUAAUCUUAUGCUUUCAAUAUAUGCAAAUGUGGCUGUAACUGGCACAGGGGGGGGGGGGGGGGUGGGUGUUUCAGGAGCCUAGUGGCACUGUGGCAUCAGCGCCGCCCGCUUAUUAAUAUUCAUCCCCCUCCCCCCCCCCCCCCCCGCUCCUAAUUUGUCUUCACUGCGCAUGUCAGGAAGCUGUCUGGGAGUUGUAGUCUUGGCACUACAACUCCCCGGAUGCCCAGAUAGCAUAGGCUGUCAAGGCAUGCUGGAAAGCAAAUAGCUGUCUGUCUGGGCUUUCUGGGAGUUGUAGUUUUAGAACUGCUGGAGGGAGCACUGCAACUACCAGCAUGCCCGGACAGCCUUAUGCUGUCAAGACAAGCUGGGAGUUGUAGUGUAGCAACAACCGGAGACCCUCCUGUUAGACAAAGUUGUUUUGUAGGGAAAGGUUUGUGUUUUACUAUUUUCCGGUGUUGUUACUUCUUCCUCCGCACUCAGGCACCUACACUGUGGAUUUUAGCUAGUAAGCCGUGUGUUUACAUAGCUAGAAUGUGCUGCAGCGUGCUCUUCUAUUGGACAGGGAAGAACCGCAAGGAAAGGUGUGGUGGGGGGGCACUUUAUUAUAAGGUCAGCAGCUUACAGGAAGCAGGGAGUCAUGGGAAAUGUAGUCUCUAUUACAUGGCGGCUAUUACCGGAGAACGGCUGGACCAAUUUGGACAAAUGAGGUAUCAUUGGAAAGGGCCAUCAAAUGAGGUAUUGUUUUUUUUUUUUUUUUUAAAGUACCAGCGCUGCAUAUCUCCUUUAAGUCUAUGCAGCUCGCAAUCUUGUAUGUUCCUUGCACGUUUAAUGCAGCUCUUAGGCUCGUUUCAUUGUUUUGCAUCCUGUUAAGUGUCCUGCAGAACUUCCGUGGUGGAGAAUUCUGCUGCGGAAAUUCCAGACUCUGGACACGACAAAAGAAUAAAACAUAUAUGUGAUCCUAGAAGUGUUCUAAUGCAGGAUUAAGAAUAAAACAUAUAUGUGAUCCUAGAAGUGUUCUAAUGCAGGAUUAAGAAUAAAACAUAUAUGUGAUCCUAGAAGUGUUCUAAUGCAGGAUUAAGAAUAAAACAUAUAUGUGAUCCUAGAAGUGUUCUAAUGCAGGAUUAAGAAUAAAACAUAUAUGUGAUCCUAGAAGUGUUCUAAUGCAGGAUUAAGAAUAAAACAUAUAUGUGAUCCUAGAAGUGUUCUAAUGCAGGAUUAAGAAUAAACAUAUAUGUGAUCCUAGAAGUGUUCUAAUGCAGGAUUAAGAAUAAACAUAUAUGUGAUCCUAGAAGUGUUCUAACGCAGGAUUAAGAAUAAACAUAUAUGUGAUCCUAGAAGUGUUCUAAUGCAGGAUUAAGAAUAAAACAUGUGAUCCUAGAAGUGUUCUAAUGCAGGAUUACACAGCAAUAAGCAUCUCCUGGGUAAGUGUAUCACAAUUCUGUCUGCUCCCGGCAGUGUAUAUCUGUCCUGCUAUAAAAUAUAAGAAGAACCUUUGUAACAAGACAGAUAUACACCACCGGGAGAUGACAGUGGGUUCAAUGAGCAGAUCGUUCUGUGCGAGGCGCUUAUCUCAUUGGUGUUAAUGAUUGACAGCUCUACGUGUAUACACAGUACGGAGAAGCGCCAAUCUUUGUGCCAUCUACAUUGCAAAAAAAUCGCUAGCGCAGUGUUUUCCAACAAGUGGGUCUCCAGCUGUUGCAAAACUACAAUUCCCAGCAUGCCCGGACAGCCUUCGGCUGUCCGGGCAUGCUGGGAGUUGUAGUUCUGCAACACUAUCUGGGAAAACACUUACAUGGCGUCAAGCUGUUAUAAAACUACAACUCCCAGCAUACCCAAACUGCCCUUGGAUCUGACCGAUCUGCCGUGAACCUAUGUUCUGCCUUGCCACGGAGAUGUGCCAUCCAAUUCAUUCUCAUGUAGGAAAUGACAGCCUCACCGGGCGUCACAAAAUUUCCUAAUUUAUUAGAUUUUUUUUUAUUUUAUUAUUUCAGCUUCCAGAAAUGUUGCUUACAGUUCAUGGUGCAGUGUUUUUUUUUUUUAAUCUGUUUGAGAGGUUCUUUAAGGGGGAAAAUAAACUUCCCUAGUAGCAGCACUUAUC